AUGGGCUACGUCGACGAUUUUCUUUUCAUCCAGGACCGAGAGUGCAUCCUGUACUCUGCGUCACUCUUACUUUGCUUUACAUCUAUAUUCGGAGUGCCUUUGAGCUGGGCCAAGUUACAAUUGGGAAGUUGCAUUACCUGGAUUGGUUGGACAUUCAACUUUACCAGCGGCUCUUUUCAUAUUCCGCAAGAAAAAGUUGAUAAGCAUUUCAACUUGAUCAAGGAUGCUACACGGUCCAGAAGGGUUACCAGUGCUUUGCUCCACAAGUUGGUAGGACUACUACAGUGGUUCUGUCAGCUUUACAGAUCUUGCAAACCCUGGCUGGCGUCCCUUUUCUCAGAUCUACAUCGGCAUUUGGCUUCCCAGUAUAGCAUAUCACAGGGGCUCUGGCCUUCUUUGGCUAACUACCUUGACGAUGAUCUUCGCUUUACAUCCGUACCUCCGGGUACUCAAGUUCCGCUGGGAGGCAAAUUACUGGAAGCACGACAUACAGAACUGAAAACAAAGCAAGACCUUUGCAAGGUUGAGGCCUUUGCGGAUGCAAGAGCUGAUGGAGAGCUCAUUGGGAUUGGCGGUUUUAUUGCCUUCCCGUCUGGUGCUUACAUUUGGUUUUCUCAGGCCUGGCAGCUUUCCGAUUUGUCGGUUUUGAGUUUGGAACUUCGCCGACCCGCGCAUAAGGACAUUGCCUGCUAUGAGACUUUGGCGCAGAUUGCUUUGGUACAUGCUUACAGGUCAGUAUUUCCUUCGGGUCGAGUGGCAGUUCGCCUCCCCUCCUUUUCCGACAACGCCUCGACAGAGGCCUUGGGGGCGAAGCUUUACACUGCCAAGUGGCCAUUGGGAGCGUUUGCCCAGAAACUUUCCCUCAUAUCUGCAGCUUCGGGUAUUGAGCUGGAUAUUUCUCACAUCGCCGGUGAGAAAAAUGAUGAUGCAGAUCUGUUGAGCAGGUGGAAUCAAAUUGAUUCUUUACCUGACAAAUGGCGGAAAGAAGACCGGGUGGACUGCUCUCUCAAGUUCAUCUGGUUCUUUCGCAAGGAAGUCCUGGUGUGGCCUUCCCACUUUUCUUUGCCAACGGAGACACCGGUAAAGUUGAACUGGACCGUGCACUUGUUUGCGGGCAAAGGGGUGAAGAACGAUCCUCUUCGGGAUCUGCCUGGGUUCUUGGAGAUUGACUUAUUACAGAAGGGCUGGAACCUCAACGACGGCAAGAUCUAUGGAGUUUUGCUGUGGGCGGCUACACAAGGCCGUGUGAAGCAAGUCAUUGGGGGACCACCUGGUGGGACGUUUGCGUCCUUCCGUUAUCAGUCUGGAAGAGACGGACCGCGUCCUGUGAGGUCCAAUCAUGAACCUUGGGGACUUCGCGAGGGCCUUGGAGUUGAGGAGUCUACAAAGGUGAAGAAUGAGAAUGCGAUGAUCCUCAAGAUGAUAUGGUUGUGGACCUUUGCAGAGGCAGCGCUUGAUGAUCCAGAUGAGUUCAUCAAUGUCACGCGGUUUAGCCAGGUGAAGUUUGAGCAGGGUGCCCUGGGACACCAGAACAGGAUCACCUUGGCCGAUGCGAUCCAUGAGUGGAUGGUGGCUCGGAACGCCAUUGUUGUGAAGAAGGCCAUGACCAAGUCUGAGCUCGCCGAGUGGAAAGCGCAUAUCGAACGAGGCGGGUGGUCCACAGAGAUGCGUACCUUUAGCCUGGACAUCGUGGGACCUUUUGCAGAUGUGGGUCGUGAUGAACUUCGUGGGUGUCGGUACAAGUUCGCGCUUGCGGCAACCUACUUGUAUCCCAAGGUCAGAGAGGUUCCAGAAGACAGCCCCAUCCCAGAUGAGGAGGAGGCAGAGAAGUUCCUCGCUGAGGAGGAGGACCAGCCAGAAGACGGUGAGCAGGGUCCAGAGGAUCCUAAUGCGGACGCCCAAGAAGAAUGGAAGAGGAAGAUUGAGGACCUCAAGAAGCCGAUGGAGAUGCAAGCUCUACGCUUUGUGAUGCCGUUGGAACGCCAUUCAGGCAAGGAGGUGCUAGAAGCGGUGCAGGACCUCCACAUCCGCACCCGUGCUCUUGGCAUGCCAGUGGUGCGGAUACAUUCAGACAGGGCGAGAGAGUUCAGGGUGAAGCCGCUGAGAAAAUGGUGUCGUGAAAUUGAGGCUCCACUUGUGUCCAGCAUAUCCAACAGUUCCUGUUGA